AUGUCUGAAGAACUUUUACAACAUCACCAUGGUAUGAUGAGUAACGAAGUGACAAAUGAACAGCAAGAAGAGGUUUCCAUUAAUGACGAUCUUGUUAGUGAUGAACAACAGAUACAAAAUAAUGAAGAAGAAUACACUCCGAUCAACUAUAACAUGUUGUGCUACGACAUGAACGAGCCACACAUUGAUUCGUGCGCCUCACGUCAUGUCCACGACAAUUAUUCUUCCUCUUUCACACUACCAAUAGAUUGUAUCGAGCAUAUUUUAAGCUUUUUUAGGAUGAAAGAGAGACUUGCACUUUCUUUGGUUUCUUCAGAUUGGAAUAGAGCAUUUGAGAAGAGCAUUAAGCAGUUGAGUCUAUCUAAAAUGAAAUCUGAUUAUUGGCUCAAACAUCAAAAGUUGUUGAAAACAUUUGUCAUGCGAUUUCCGGAAAUACAAUUGAUGAACUUUGAAGCACCUGCUGAGGGUAUGCGAUCGGCUUCAAAAGCAGAUCUCACUUUGCGAUUUUCAAUGGAUUUGAUUCAAUUUUUGUUGAAAAUUCUUCCAUCAUCGUUAAAGAGCUUUUCUUUUUCACAUUUUGCUUGUGGAUUAUCAACCAAGAGCUUUGAGUUGAUAAUUCCAGAAGACAAGCAGUUACGAGAACUUGCCAUUAUUAAUUGCAAACACUGUGACAACUUGUCAAUCAAGGGAUGCAACAAUCUUACCCAAUUGAGUAUUUCAUGGGCCUCUUUCUUUCCUGCAAUCGAAUGGAAUGAAUUGAAAAAUCUGAGAGUGUUAAACUUGAGUCACAACAAGGCAGUGAAUGACGAGAUUGUAAACCAACUUGUGUCUAAUUGUCCAAACCUUGAAAAGCUCAUUCUUGUGGGAGCUAGCGCAAUACAAUCUCCAUUCAAAGAUGUCAGCAUAUCAGCGCUCAAAACAUUGGAUUUAUCAGCGACUAAUAUUGUUGAUUCGUGCAUUGAACACAUAUGCUCUGGUAGCGCAUUGAUUUUAGUGGAACUUAAAGUUAGAACAUGCAUGCAUCUUGUAAAUCCAGUAUUCAAGGAACUUCCCUCUGUUGUGAGCAUUCUCUGUAAUUUUAAUUCAAAUAUUCAAACAUCAAGUUUCCACAAGUUACCCAGCCUUGAAAAAUUAGAUCUCGAUGGAAAUACAAGCUUGAAGGAAAUCUGGUUGUAUCAAUGUAAAAACAUCACCUAUUUGGAUAUUUCAAAAACACUUGUAGAUGAUAAGGCUCUAGCUGAAGUGCUGGAAGAGUCUCCAGAACUGCGUGAGCUCUAUGUCAUCAAAUGUUACAAACUCAAGAGCCCACACAUUGUUCACGAUAAGCUUGAGAUCUUGAAAUUAACUAAUAGCAAUAAUUUGACCAAGCAUACAGUGAUCGACUGUCCUUCAUUGAGUGUCCAAAAUGUUGUUGGUACGCCGCUAGAAGAAGGAUUUUUCAUCAAAUUCCCUCAUCGUGAAGACAUUAGAGAGACGGUCGAAUUGACAAAGGUUGGAAAAGUGAAACACCAACUCACAAUAUUAACCAACAAGAAAUAA